GCGGCGCCGCCCGGGCUCCCCCGGCUCGCUGCCUCCCAUGUCUUCGGGGCCCCCUCGGGGGGCGGCGGCCCCGCGGGAGGCGGAGGCGGCGCUGCCGUAAUGGCCCUGGAGGAGAAGCGGGAGAAGCGACCACCCGUCACCCCCAUGAUGAUCGAGGAGGAGGCAGCCCUGCGCAACGGCAGCCGUGGACUGCCGCCGGGGCCCUGGGCCGAGGCGGCGGGGCCGCGACCCCGCACGACGGAGCGGCACAUCGCCGUGCACAAGCGCCUGGUGCUGGGCUUCGCCGUCUCCAUCCUGGCGCUGCUGGCCGUGACCAUGGUGGCCGUGCUGCUCAGCGUCCGCUUCGAGGAGUGCGGCGCCGCCGCCGACGGACCCCCGCGGGCCGCCAACAACGGGAGCCUGCCGGGACUCGCGGCUGGGCAGCCCCGCGGCCGGGCCGAGCCGCGGGAGGAGACGCGGGGCGGGGAGGAGGCGGCGGAGCAGCAGCAACAGCAGGAGGAGGAGGAGGAGGAGGAGUGGCAGCGGCGGCGGGAGCUGCCGCCCUGGGCCCGGCCACGGCUGCCGCGGCACCUGAGACCGCUGCACUACAACCUGAUGCUGAGCGCCUUCAUGGAGAACUUCACCUUCUGCGGGGAGGUGAACGUGCAGCUGGAGGUGCGCAACGCCAGCCGCUACAUCGUGCUGCACGCCCACCGCAUGCACAUCGAGGCGGUGCGCGUGGCCGAGGACAAGCUGGCGGGCGCCGUGCGGGUGGCACGGUCCUUCCUCUACCCCCAGACCCAGGUCCUGGUCGUCGUCCUCAACCGCAGCUUGGAAGUGCAGCGGAGUUACAACCUCAAGAUCAUCUACAACGCGCUCAUCGAGAACGAGCUGCUGGGCUUCUUCCGCAGCUCCUACGUCCUGCACGGCGAGCGCAGGUUUCUUGGUGUUACACAGUUCUCUCCUACUCAUGCCAGAAAAGCCUUUCCUUGCUUUGAUGAGCCCAUCUACAAGGCCACUUUCAAAAUCAGCAUCAAGCAUCAGGCAACUUAUAUAUCUUUGUCCAACAUGCCAGUUGAAACAUCUGUUUUUGAAGAAGACGGGUGGGUUACAGAUCACUUUUCACAAACCCCUCUGAUGUCCACAUAUUACCUGGCUUGGGCAGUGUGCAAUUUUACAUACCGGGAAACCAUCACCAAGAGUGGAGUAGUUGUACGAUUGUACGCAAGGCCUGAUGCAAUCCGAAGAGGAUCAGGAGACUAUGCCCUAAAUAUUACAAGAAGACUCAUUGAAUUUUAUGAAGAUUAUUUUAAAGUGCCCUAUUCCCUGCCAAAAUUAGAUCUGCUAGCUGUGCCUAAACAUCCCUAUGCUGCUAUGGAGAACUGGGGACUGAGUGUUUUUGUGGAGCAAAGGAUACUACUGGAUCCAAGCAUUUCUUCUAUAUCAUACCUGCUGGAUGUCACCAUGGUCAUUGUACAUGAGCUAUGUCAUCAGUGGUUUGGUGACCUCGUGACUCCAGUUUGGUGGGAGGAUGUGUGGUUGAAAGAGGGUUUUGCUCACUAUUUUGAAUUUAUUGGGACAGACUACCUCUACCCAGGAUGGAACAUGGAAAAGCAGAGAUUUCUGACAGAUGUUCUACAUGAAGUGAUGUUGCUAGACGGUUUGACCAGUUCACAUCCAGUAUCCCAGGAGGUGCAGCAAGCCACAGACAUUGACAGGGUGUUUGACUGGAUUGCAUAUAAAAAGGGCGCAGCUUUAAUUCGAAUGCUUGCUAAUUUUAUGGGUCACUCUGUGUUUCAAAUGGGCUUGCAAGACUAUUUAACCAUUCACAAGUAUGGCAAUGCAGCCAGAAAUGAUCUCUGGAACACAUUGUCAAAGGCUUUAAAAAGGGUUGGAAAAUCUGUAAAUAUCCAAGAAGUAAUGGAUCAAUGGACGCUACAGAUGGGUUAUCCUGUUAUCACCAUCUUGGGAAAUGAAACUACGGACAAUGUCAUAGUAAUCUCCCAAGAGCGUUUUGUUUAUGAUAGUGAUACUAAAACCAAGGAUUCUGGCCUUGGAGACAACAGCUACUUGUGGCAGAUUCCAUUAACAAUUGCAGUAGGAAAUACGAGCCACAUCUCAUCAGAGGCAAUUAUAUGGGUGUCUAACAAAUCAGAACACCACAGAAUUCCUGCUUUGGAAGAGGCAAGUUGGUUGCUGGGGAACAUCAACCAGACUGGCUACUUCAGAGUUAAUUAUGAUAUUAGGAAUUGGAGGCUGCUGAUUAAUCAGCUGACAAGGAACCAUGAGGUUAUCUCUGUCAGCGAUCGAGCAGGCUUGAUAGAUGAUGCAUUCAAUCUAGCCAGAGCUGGUUAUUUGCCUCAGAAUAUUCCUUUGGAGAUUAUCAGAUACCUUUCAGAGGAGAAGGAUUUUCUACCUUGGCAUGCAGCCAGCCAAGCUCUUUAUCCUCUAGAUAAAUUACUGGACCGCACAGAAAACUACAACAUCUUCAGUGAGUAUAUUUUAAGACAAGUCGCAUCAAUGUAUCUCAAGCUUGGAUGGCCAACGAAUAAUUUAAACAAAUCGCUUGUUCAAGCAUCCUACCAACAUGAAGAGUUGCGCCGGGAAGUCAUCAUGUUGGCCUGCAGCUUUGGUAACAAACACUGUCACCAGCAGGCUGCAACAUUAAUUUCAGAUUGGAUUUCUAGCAAUAGAAACCGAAUCCCACUUAAUGUGAGAGACAUUGUCUACUGUACAGGAGUUUCACUGAUGGAUGAAGAUGUAUGGGAGUUCAUUUGGAUGAAAUUUCAUUCUACACUAGCAGUUUCUGAGAAGAAAAUAUUAUUAGAAGCCUUAACUUGCAGUGAUGACAGAAACUUGCUUAACAGACUUUUGAAUUUGUCUCUCAACUCAGAAGUUGUCCUGGAUCAGGAUGCAAUUGAUGUGAUAAUCCAUGUUGCUCGAAAUCCACAUGGAAGAGACCUUGCUUGGAAGUUUUUCCGAGAAAAAUGGAAAAUAUUAAAUGCCAGGUAUGGAGAAGCAUUAUUUAUGAAUUCAAAGCUUAUCAGUGGAGUCACAGAAUUCCUUAAUACCGAAGAAGAACUAAGAGAGCUAAAGAACUUUAUAAAGAGUUAUGAGGAGGGAGCUGCUGCCUCUUUCUCUCGUGCUGUGGAAACAGUGGAAGCCAAUGUGCGGUGGCAAAGACUUUAUAAGGAAGAACUAUUCCAGUGGUUAAGAAAAUCCUUGACACACUAAUCUGUCUUUCCAGCUGAACUUUUAACCAGAAGCACUACAAAAGGAAAAGAAGUUUAAGAAGUGAUCAGCAUUAAAAUCAUGAAGACAAGAUCAAAUUGCAGGGAGUUUUCUUUUUCCUUUUUUUUUUAAUUAUGGGUUGUUUUGUUUGUUUGUUUAUUUUUUACACCGGGCUGUUUUGAAACUGUCAAUAAGCUUUUCAGAAGAAAAGGUCAUGAGUGCUUGUGAAAUCUGAUCCUAAGUGUACACAACCAAACAUGAUAUUAAGUGGUGCAUGUAAAUGUUAAAGAAAAACUAGCAAACAAAAAACCCUUCAAAGACUAUUUUGUGCAUGCUUUUACCGUCUCUGCCUGUAUUCUAGCAUGCUUAUGUAUAACAGCCACAUUUUAUAUGUGAAUUCCAGUUACGUCAAAGAUGGGCAUUGUACAAAGCACAAAGACUUCUCUACGACAAUCAGUGUUGCAAUGAACAAAAAGAAGGGAAGGAAGAGGAAAUGCAGAAGGAUUCCAUCUUAGGGCAGUAUGAGAUAUAAAUUCAGCUUUCCCACUAGCUGCCAAUUACUCCACCAUUUAGACUGUCUUUUGAUUGUCACAAAGGUGCCAGCUCAUUUUUUGAGUUGCUAGUUGUUGUAGCUGCAGUUUCCAUAUUCCUGCAUUUAAAUUGUCAUCUUGGAGGGGAAGAGAGAGAGAAAAUGAGAGAGAAGGACGUCAUUCAUUCAUUCAUGCGCUAUAAUUAUAAAUUUAUUCACUGCUGAUCAGUGAAACUGUGUAACUUUAGCUGUGAACAUAGUCAGUUUCUAUGAGGAGAACUUUGCAUUGAUUUUAUAGAAUCCAUGAAUCACUUCUUCUGAGCAAAUUUACAAGGCAGAGAUAUUCAUGAUGGGUCACCUAACCUGUGCAGUAAUAACUUACACAGCUGAUAAUGCACAAAUAUUAUAAGUCGACAUAGGAUUUAAAUGGAAAUUAGGAAAAGAGGAGAAUAUCUUCCAUUCAAAGACACAAAAUUAACCAACAGCUGUCUCCAUGCAGUAGACCAGCCUCGGUAGUGAUUUACUAACAGACAAAUCCUGUGCUCUAUGUGGGCAGUGUCUUUGCAAAUAUGGAUUGUGCCAUUUAUGCCAACUUAGAAAACUGAAAUAUGGAGAAAGAAAUGUGUGUGUGUGUGUGUAUUCGUAUAAGAUAGUACCACACAAACACGGUUUUUCUCUUUCCUUGUAUUUCACAUAGAAGUGUUCUAAAUGGGUGAUACUUUUCUUACUUGCUUGUUUCUUUUUUCUCAGUUUUUAAUUUGAGUGGUCAGUGAUGAAUUGGAAAUUAGUUGCACAGUGCCCAUCUGCACCAUUGGUGCUAUUUGAUGAGGACAAAACUGAUUCAUCUUAGGGUUGAAUGCUCUCCUCUCCGCCAUGGAGGAAGAUGAACAAGCAGAAAAUUAAUAAAGCUACUGAGUUUACAGGAGGCAGGUUGCAGCAAUUUCAGAGGGUGGUUAUAGAUGUAUAAAAGUGUUUCUUUAUCACAGCCCAGUCCAUUACAACCAUCUGGUCACAUCAUUGCCUGUAUACUGGAAACAUGUGGUCAGACAAAUUAGAAGACGCACGUUUUAUCAUGCUGUUUCCUUCACAGGGCAUGGAAAUUAUCAAAAUGUUUUUACACUAUCAGUUUCUUAACUCUAGUGAGUUGUUUGUGAAUUGAAAUAUUAUUGCAAAAAAGAACCAAAACCCAGCAUCUUCAUUUAUUAGAUUUAUUAAGUUGUGUGGAGACAGUAUUGAUUUCUGGGCUCACAUUCCCAUGCCACUCUCUCCCUCAAGAACUGGUAAAUAUCUCGUAACUAAGCUGUCCUACCACUAUCAUGGGCCUAUCACCCAUUUUGAGCCUCUUAUUUUGUGUUAUUACCAGGGUACUCUUUGCAGACUAAGUGUAUAAAACGCUUGGGUGGUCAUCUGCUCCAGGGUACGUUAGCUUGACCACAUACAAUGAAAAGAAGGGGUAAUCCUGUUCUCUUGUACUGUUAACUCUUUGCCUUAUAGUAAUCCCUAAACCUCUGUGCUGUGUUGCAGUACUAGUGAACCUAGUGCCCAGAGGCAUUAUUGUGUCCAUGUUGAAUUAAAUCCUCUUCCUCCUCCUAUGUAUUUUACCUACCUCACAGGCAUGUUGUGAGGCUUGACUAAUGUUAGCAAAGUUCUUGAAUAUCCUCUAAAGAAAGGCAUUUAAAAGUGCUGAGUAUUAUUUUAUGUGGUUGACCAAACUCAGCCUCAGUGCCACUAUGUAGCUGUCACACUUUUAAUUUCUACUGAAUGAAAUUGUAUGUGGAUUUAUUAUUAUAAAAAAGCAAGCCAAAUACUCUUUAUAUUUGUAAUGAAGCCCGAAGUUAUAAUCUCCAAAGAGUGCACAGAAAGCCAAGCACUCAAACAUGAGUUACUUUGGGGAUUUCAGAGAAAAGAAAGUUGAAUAAUGGUUUUCCCAUUUCAAAUUCUGUUCAAGAUUGUCUUUGAUGACUUUUGUUUUUCAUCACCACAGACUAAGCCACAUACCUCCAGACUGCACAUAGAAGUUUUAGGCCUUUCCACUGAUAAAGGGCAAACUAACAAUGCAUUUCAAAGUUGAAAAUUUAAUUCAGCCUGUGUAUUCUGCACAGUGCGCAGAAAUUUCCAUUGUUGUUCAUUAGAAUUUAAGUUCUUACACAUUUAUCUAGUUUUGGAUGCAAAUUAAUAUUGUAGUGGCCUUGAACAACUGGUCUAUCACAAAUUUUAAGCCCUACAUGUAUGUAUUAUACAUACCUAUUGAUGUAUUGCUUAUAAUUGUUGUAUUAUAAUGAUGUUUGUAUUACAGAUCUAAUUAAGGUUGACUUAGUCUUUCCAUUGUAUUGAUUGAUUCUAUUCUUUUUAUAUUUUUUAUUUAAACUGUUUCACACUGAAUCAGGAUGAAGUUUAAAUGGACUAAAUCCAACAAAAUUAUAGCUUUUUUUUUUUUUAAGUUUUUUACAAUAUUCAAUCCCCCUGUAUUUAAUUAUAUUUCUUAAGAAUUUUUUUUCUGUAGGAAGUUUCACACAGCUAUGUGUUAAAAGGAUAGUUGAUACCUCAUGGGAAACUAAUAGUCCUCUUAAAAAAAAAUAUAUAUAUCUAUUUAUCUGAUUGAUAUUUUUUCUCCUUUACCAGUCCUUUUCUUCCUUUGUCCUCAUUUAAAGAUGGGCACAUUUUUAUGGUUUGGAUUAGGAUUAAUAAACCAAAUACCCCAAACUUCUUAGCAUUUUCAAAUACAGUAUGUAAAUCUGUUCUUUUUUGUGAGAGGAGAUGCUGCAAAAUGUGAAACCAGUGUGGAUGUGUCCCUUAUUCAAGCUUAGAAGUCAUUUUAUAGAGAUUUGAUGAGGCCUUUGCAAGACUUGAGAUUCCUUGCACUUACUAAUUCUUAUAGCUUACUAAAUCAUAUACGAAGGCAUGACACGAUGUUAUGCUGUCAUAAUAAUAUGGCAACCUUUGUACUUCUUUAACACUGUCCACUACAAAAAUUCUCAACUUACUACUUUGUAGCUGGUAGAAAUACUAUUCUUAUAUCCUCUGCUGACAGCUAUUGAAACGAUAGUUUUUGCUAAUUGUGGCUGGAGCAGAACAAUGAGGAAGUUUGCUUCUGAAAUGAAAUGUCACUUCUGCCAUUACUGAGAGUACUUUGAACACUAAGUUUGACUGAUUUAGAUGGAAAAACUUCGUAUGUAUUAAGUUCUUUCAAAUUUGUGACCUUUGAUGAUCUUUUCACUGAAUAUAGCAAGAACUCUGAUACUAUGAUGGGAACUGCAGGUGAAUUUUACGUAGCUUUUUGGCUGUUGUGGAUAUUUCAUUGAUUUCAUUGGGUUUUAGAGUGUCAAAGGAAAUAUCACCAGUGAUGCAGAGAGGACUUUUCACAGCAAGGAUCUUAAACCAUACAACUAAACCUAAAUCUAAAUAGCAAAAAAUAAAAGAAGAAAAUGUCAUGUGUAUGUAUGUAUAUGUGUGUGAAAGGUCCUCUGUAGAGAUAAUUUUCCCAUAAAAUGUUAAUCAGUCUAAUUCUUUGGAUAGAAUAGAGUGAAUAUUUGAUGAAGAGGGUGGCUUUGUUUAAGUACCUGUGUAAUAAGAUCUUUGUUUUCCACAUGACCAUAGUCAAUACUGCAGUCAGAGAAAAUAGACUGAGUCAAAUGUGAAACUUUCUCUUUGAGGAAAAGCAACGUGUCUUUGGAAACUGUUUAUGUAUGUAACUUCUGAUACAAGUACUUAGCAUAUCAGGCCACCUGUCCUAAAGCAGGGCUUAUAGCCACAGUGUCAGUAUGAGUGUGAGGGAGUAAAAACACUGUCCUGUUGCUAAGCAUCCUGAAUACAGACUGUUCUCCCAGCCUUACAUCGAGCAGCCUGAAAACUGCAGGCUGUAUCAUCCACUGCCCAUGAGCCUGCCUGCAUCAGGAGGGCAGCUGGAGUGCAAAGAAUCUCAAUCCAAGUUUCUGUCAGCUAGAUGGCAGGGAAAGAAGGUCUCUGCUGGCUAUGGGUUGUGGAUGGUCUUCGGAGAUUUGCAUCAUUGCCUUGUGUGACCUUGGAAACAGGUCCAGCUAGUGAGUCUGCAUUGAAUGGAAAAAUCCAAAUCCCUGCACUGCAGCCACCGCAGCCGGAAAUUGUUGACCAAAAUCUUUGUAAAGAUCUCAAAUAUUGUAGUGUCUGUUGUUGAGAAAUCAUUUCAAACAGUCAAAAAAUACAUUAAAUUUUCAAAUAUGCAUAAGAAUGCAGACAAUCUUUAUGAUAUUUUUUGUUAAUAUUGAGAAUGUGCCAUGAGUUCAGCCCAUUUUCUAACAUAGGAUUUGGAAAGAUGUCACUACAAAUUCUUUGUGCUUGUAAUAGUACUUACUGUACUAAUACCACCAAAAAAUUCUGUACAAACGUGUGACACUGGUGUCUGUGCAGUUCCCUUUUUACAUGUAAAACUUUAAAAAAUGAGCCAUUUUAUUUUUCAUGCAACUUCAGGAGCCUCUGCCUAUCUUCUGAAAUCCAAUAAAACCACCUUGACUUGAGUGAGCGGUCCCUCCUGACAUAAGGAAUUCAUUUUUCAAAGAGAAUGAAGGAGAGGAAGGCAGUGUUGUGCAUGAAGAUUUUUUACUGAAGUAAGGCCAUAUGCCCUGGUUGGAGCAGAAUUUUAAUGUCAAGUGUAUUUUGAAGAAUCUGGUGGAUCUGGAGUGCAUCUUAUGUCUUCAUGCUGGCAGUGGAAGGCAGCUUCACUACAGUAUACCCUACAUUGUAACACAGUUGAGGUCGGCUUGUAUAAAACACUUUCUAUGUGGAAUGGUUUCAGUGUGACUUUGUGUUUAAGGAGAACCACCCAUAUGCACAAGUUCUGUGGAUUCGGAGCUGGUGUCCUUUCUCUGAAAACAGCAUUUAUACUUUCCUGAUUCGUAUUGAGUGAUUAAGUGUGGAGUGGUAAAGAAGUAUUGCUGAAUACUUUGCUUAUUUUAUGUACACUGUUUAUAAUGGAGUGAUGUUGGACAGCACGUGGGUGGGCAGCACUGUAAGAGUAUGCAGUGCAGCCGGGGUGUGAGCCACAAGGCCCUAAUGUUUCUUGCUCAGCAUUGUGUGGGUUUGCCUGAUAAGGAUGUCCCUGAUGCAAUGGAGGAGGCCAAGAGUUGAGAUGCAGUAUCUGUUCUGUGCAAUCCGUUUUGAUACAGGUAAUUUGUUCAUCUCUGUAAUUUCAAAAUGAAGUCUCACUGAACUGAUGGCACACGUGUGGCCAUGGCUCCUCAGACAGCGCAGCAUGAGAUAGAUCCCUUGAAGUAACCAAUGUGAACUGCAGCUGAGGAUCUAACCCUUUGCUGUCAGAGCAGCCCUGAGGUGCCUGCUAGGCUGGUGUACAGACUGAUUCACAUGUUUGUGUGUACGCUUCAGUAGCACGUGUUUGAUGGCAGAUUUUUUUGUUUAGUCUUUCCUUUGCUUUUUUUUUUUUUUUUUUUUUUUAAAUUAGAGUAAUACUUUGCGAUUGAUUCCAGUGUGAUAAAGCUUUAUAAUAAGAUGUUUGGAGAACUGCGGAAUACUGUAUUGUGAAGAGUGUGGCAAUGACCCUCUCUUUCCUGCAAACAGUAGAUUUCAGCAACGAUGAAGUUCCCUGGACGUUCUGUGGAGAAACAUUCCGAGCAGUUCCUAACGGAAACAUCAUUGUAACUACUGUAUAACUAUCCUGUACAAAGACAGCUUUAUUAUAUGUGUAAAUGUAAUUUUGCUAUGUUGUUUUUAUGUUCAAGGGACAAUAGACUUUGGUAUGGGUGAGACAUAUAGCCUUAUAAAAACAGAGAGUGCAGUUUCUGUCUGAUGUUUUACUGAAAGGUGUUUGUUGCUCUAUUUUUGAAGAAGAUAAACACAUACAUAAACUAUUUCCCUGAAAAGUAAUGAUCUAUUCCACUACAUAUGCUUCAAUGACAUAAUGGACUAUAAUAUUGAAAAUAAAGGCUUGGUAAUAAAUUGCAAUUUUUCCCAAGAGACUCCACACGUAAGAUCUUUUGAUACCUUAAGAAGAAAGAAAAAGUCCGGCAGCUAUUAAUGCUGGUUAUAAUAGAUGAAUCCCUUUAUUAAUUCUGUCUCACCCUUAGAUUAAUUCUGAAUACUGUAAUUAGAAGAACAUAUUUUCGCAUUACUUCUCAAAUCUGUACUCUUAUGGAAUUCAGUUCUUUGUCAAGUAAGAGGUGGAGCUCGUUCAGCUGAGAUACAGUUCACUGGUGGUUUCACACAAAUAAGUGUUUGCAAGAUCAGAAUGCCAUUUUCAUUUAUAGGAAACACAGAUCACUGCAUUAUGUCAGUUUUGUCUCUAUGUACCAGUUGUACAUGCAUAUACAGCUUCUAAUUCUGGAUCAUUUGCUUUGACAAAGCUAUUAUUGCAUAUUAAAACUUAGACCUCUCACUUAAAAGUGUCAGCUCAGCAAAGCAGUUGACCACAGCUCAGCCAUGUAUGUAGGCAGCUAGGCAGUACCCCUAAUUUCUGUGGAGUUAAUCAUGUGAUUCAAAUUAUGUAAAGCUGGCAAGUGAUGUAGUUACUGGUUUCAAGCUCAGAAUAUAAUGAUGUGGUUUUGCUCAAUUUAGAGUCGUUAGUUUCUUUUUACUGAGCUUUUCUUGUCUUUUCAUUUUUUGUAGGAAAACAUAUUUUGCAUAUAAAGAGAAGAUAUUGAUUCUCAGUUAUCUAAAAAUGCCAAUUUUAACAGCGUUAUUCAUUUAGUGUUUGAAACAUCCUAGGAUUUGGGAAUAUGAACAAAAUUAUUCUUACAAUGUUAGUUAAUGAAUAUACAACGCUAAUCAGCAAAUUAAACCACUAACAAGAUACAAUAUAUGAAUUUAUGUUACAGUUUAUCAGAACAGUGUUCUUCUAUGAUAUGCCUUCAAAAAUGACUCCAUAAACAACUCUCAACAUAAAAUUUUAUUUCACAUCAAGAACUGACUAAAUGGGUCUUUUUUUUUUCUUU